GGCGGGGCCGCGAUGGCGGCGCGGGUGGCGCUGGAGGCGGCGGUGCCGCGGGACGUGGUUCUCUUCAGCCACGACCGCAGCCGCUUCUUCCGCCUCGCGGGGCUGUUCUGCGCGAGCCAGGGGCUCUUCUGGGCCUACCUGGCCCACCUCGCCUUCACGGUGCUGCGGCCCCAGCCCGGCCCCGGCCCCGACGAACCCCAGGACCCGCUGCGGCCCCGCGACAACAAGUGGCGCUUCGGGUUCACGGCGUCCUGUCUCACCAUCGGCUCUCUGACCGUGGCCGCGGGCUGCCUGUUCCCGCUGCGGGCCGUUCGCCGGGUGACGCUGCUCCGGGGGGGCUCCCAGGUGACCCUCCAGACCUACGGCCCGCUGGGCUGGGGGCGCGGCGCGACCCUCACGGUGCCGCUGCGGGACGUGUCCGCCCGCGCCCACCGCGCCGAGGCGGCGGCCGCCGUGCCCGUCCGCGUCCGGGGCCGCCCCUUCUUCUUCCUGCUCGACAAGAGGGGGGUCGUCGGGGACCCCCGGCUCUUCGACCUCACCGUGGGCGCCUACCGCAAGUUCUAG